UCCGAGUUAUACAAAGUUGGUGUAAAAAAAGAUGUGAACUUCAUUUACACAGAAGAAUCCAAUGGAGAUUAUGGGUUGGCUCAUAUCUACUGUAUGAUGGCUAUUUUCGCCACUUCAAUGGCCGUCGAUUCCGUCGUUACUCGACGACCAAUACAGAAAAAGUCUGGGAGAGUCCACAAGCAACUUCCACAAGGCGCGAAGAGUGAGAAGAAAGACGAGGAACCCUCUAAAGAGGUUCAACCCGAGAAUUGA